AUGUAUGCCCCUCGGCAUCCUGGGCCCAAUGCAGAUGGCCGUCGGAUUAUGGGGAUUCGAGAGGUCGAGUUCGUGAAUCCCGAGUCCAUCUCCGAAACCUUGAAGUGCCCGGUAUGCUUCGAAGUGUUCGAGGAUCCGGUCUUCUGUGGCGGCCGGCCGUGCCAGCACGUCUUCUGCCGCACCUGCGUAGAACAGUCCAUGGUCGCCGAGUCCUCGCACUCUCAAUCUGCUCAGGCGCCCGAGGAGACGAUGGGGCGGACUGGGCACUGCCCCACCUGCCGUGCGAGGAUAGGUGUGGAGGACCUGCAGCCGCACCAGGCGCUGAACAGCCUUUUGGAUGAGCUUCCUGUGCGGUGCCGGCGUGGCUGUGGCUGGACAGGCCGGCGGGAUGCUUUGCCCUCCCACGAGUCCUCCGGACCCAACCAGUGCAUCCUCCUGCGACUAGAUGCCGCCCAGGCAGAGAUCGCCUACCUCAGCGAGGCCGGUGGCCACCUGCGAGAUCGCGACGUGCGCAUCGCCCAGUUGGAGGCCCGGGUGGCCGAGCAGGAUCGCCAGGUCGUCGACUACGGCCGACAACUCGUGGCCAAGGAGAUACGCAUUCAGGAGUUGGAGGGGCUGCUCUCCCAACGUGAGCAAGAUCUUACUCAGAAAGACCUCGAGAUCGCCAUUCUGCGGCAAGGCGGCGAUGGCGAGAAGGGGGCCGUGGCAGGGCCAGAGCUCUGGCUUUGUUCCAGCCACUUCCAGUUUUCUCUUACUUCAGUGGGCGGCGCGAGGGUCCUUGGCUCCGUGGUUUGUGCCGAGACGAAGAAGGUCAUUGGCGAAGUUUGUCAGGGCGUCGUUGCGGCCUCGGCGAGUGCUGCUUUCAAAGACUCUUGGCACUCCUACUUCCCGCUGGACCUUUUCUGGCCGCAGAACAGGCGGCAGCUGUAUGCUCAGAUCCUUCCGUACACUCCAGUGGAGCUCGACCAGCUUCUUCUGGAUGUUUCGACGCUGGCUGCCAUGCCUCCUUGGCCGUGGGGCCACUUGAUCUACCAGGAGGUCCUGGAGAAGGAAGUGUUGCAGGAGUCCCUGGGCAGCUCGCAGAGUUUGGCGUUGGUCUUGGUGGACUCCUUCCAGGGGCUGCCGGCUCCCGACGCUUUGAGAGAUAACCCCUACUUCGUGGAGGGCGACUUUGGCCCUCCCGAUGGCCCAGAAAUUGACAACAUCGCCGCCUUCCGAGAGCUGCUGGCAAGCUUCGGCUUGGAGAACACCGUCCACGUGGCGCCGUCGCCUUUCGCAGCGGCUCAACUGCCAGCAGACUUCAAGCAGCUAGCCUUUGUGCACAUUGACGGGGACUUGUACCAGUCCGUGCUGGAUGCCCUUGAAAAAACAUGGGACAGCGUGUCUGAUGGCGGCAUCGUGGUGGUAGAUGACUUCUUCCACAAGGUGCAGGGCCCUGCACGUGCUACGGCCGAUUUCUUCAGAUCCAGGAGGAUGCCGCCUCCGUUGCUCUUCGUGAUCCCCGCCUAUGCGGUGCUGAUCGUGAAGGGCUACGCGACCCACCUGACAACGGCCCGCUCUCCCUUCCGGGCGUUGGAUGGCAAUUUCUAUUCCUUCGAGCUUCUGCGGUCGUACGAGCCACUGGCGGAGGCCGUCCGUUUGUCGGCGCGUCGUGCUGAGCGGGCCAGUGGGCCGCGACCAGGUGAAAAUGCUUUGGCAUUUUUGGAUUUUCUCUCGUAUCCAUCGGAUGGCGCCCAAAGCGGCGCGGACAUACUCAGGUAUUUGACGCCGCUGGAAGACAUGAUCGAUCUUAGUGAUGGUGGAGCGUUAGCUCCUGACGGGCCCCGACAGGCGAGAAGGAUGCGAAUCCCGAGCCAGAGGCGAACAGAGUAUGUCUUCACAGGGUGCCGCCCCCUGCACCUGCAGUUGUGCAGUGAGAUUGACAUCGCAGUGCUGGAGAACGCGUCCUUGGUCGGCCUGGAGCAGGUGCAGGUGGAGGUCGAGCGUUUGGCCGAAAGUUUGAAUGCUUGGGAUGCGACCACAGCUGCUCACAAUGCGGAGAGUGCCCAGAAAUAUGGAGCCAGCAGCCCCGGAUGCCUGGAUGGUGAUCGCGAGCUGCUGGCGACUCUUUUGCCGAACGACGGUUCCUCGUGGGCUGCUGCUCUGAAGCAGCAAAGUGCCGAGUCCAACACGUAG